CGGCAUUGCGAUGGAAGAGUGACGUGAUGGCCCUCUCUGCUGAGCCAGUCCCCGCCAAAGCACAAGUCAGGAGGUGUUCCAAGUCAGAGGCUGUUUGCAGCCAGCAGAGGCGCUUUACCUAUCCCUCGGUACAGUCCGUGGUAUUCAAGUUGCUGCCACGACAACACGUUAUCAUUGUGAAUCAGGCUUCUACCUUCUUCUACUAGCAUGCAUCCCUGAAAUUCGUCUGCCUACACCAGCUUGCGCGUCUGUUCAGCUCUGCCCAGCUCCCCCCUGUCACGUCGCAUCCCUGCCUCCCUGUAUGCCAGAUUUGAGGCAUCAGCCUGGCAAAUAAUUCCACAAGCGCUGUCUGCCGCAUCAGCCGCAGCUCCUUCGUCAUCGCCGCCAGGGGGAGCCACAAGGCCAAGCAAGCUGGCGCGGGGGCUCAGCCACUGAAGGCGUCACCAGCGCUGGGCAUGACUUCCAACUCCAACCAACAAAGAAUCGGCUCACCCCUCUCGCAAACCCGCGUUCCCUGCCACUGGUUUUCUCUCCAGCAACUCCCUAAAGACCUGUCGCAGCCUGCCCUGCGAGCGCAACCCCACUAGCCUACCCGGCAGACAGACGACACGAUGAGUUUCAAGGGCUUUACCAAGUCAUUGACUCGGGCGCCCCAACAAUUCAAAUCCAAGUUCAACAUUGGCGAACACACCAAAGAUGCCGUCUACAUCGAUGCCGAACGGCGCUUCCAGGAGCUCGAGACGGAGACCAGGAAACUCCACGACGAGAGCAAAAAGUACUUUGAGGCCAUCAACAGCAUGCUCAACCACCAGAUUGCCUUCUCCAGGGCCAUGACGGAGAUCUACAGGCCCAUAAGUGGGCGCAUGUCGGAUCCUUCGUCCAUGGAGAUCGAGGGGAUACCAGAGGGCAUCAGGGCAUGCGAGGAAUAUGAGGCCGUGGUCAAGGAUCUCCAGGAGACGCUGGCGCCCGAGCUGGAAAUGAUCGAGAGCAGGGUCAUCCGUCCCGCGAACGAACUGCUUGACGUCAUCAAAGUCAUCAGGAAAGCCGCCUUGAAGCGCGAGCACAAGCAACUAGACUACGACCGCCACCGCGCGAACCUCAAGAAGCUGCAGGAUAAGAAAGAGAAGACAAUGAAGGACGAGAAGGCCAUCUACAAGGCCGAGGGCGAAGUCGAACAGGCUACCCAGGAGUUCAACUACUUCAACGACCUGCUCAAGGACGAGCUGCCGAAGCUGUUUGCGCUCGAGCGCGAGUUCAUCCAACCCCUGUUCCAGUCCUUCUACUACAUGCAGCUUAAUAUCUUUUACACGCUGCACGAGAAGAUGCAGCACUGUGACAUUGGUUACUUCGACCUCACUCUCGACAUCGAAGAGGCCUUUCACAAGAAGCGUGGCGACAUUCAGGAGCAGGCCGAGAAGCUAUCCAUUGUGCGCUUCAAGACCACUGGCCGUCCACGUCCGCCCAGGUAUGGCAACAAGCCUGCGCUCGAGGCCCCCAAGCCUCAAGGCCUGCUCACGGCCGGACCUUCAGCCUCGAACGCCGCGUCCACCUCCCCAGCAGCAACAGCGACGGCAACAGCAACGAGCCCACGGCCAGUGCAGUCUUCCUUUGCGCCUCAAAGCCAGUCGGCCGAGCAGCCGGCCGAGAAGGCGCCACCCCCAUACUCCCCAGGGCUUAAAAGCCCAGGGGCAGCCGCUCUCGCAGCCGCGAUUGCCAACAAGCCGAAGCCGAAGCCGCCGCCGGCCAUUAAGCCGAAGCCCAGCAGGUUGAGCGCCGCGCCAGCCGCCGAGACGGUGACGGCACUGUACGAGUACGCAGCCACGCAAGAAGGGGAUUUGAGCUUCAAGGCCGGAGAUGUCAUCACCAUCGUAACCCGCACGCAAAACCCCAACGAGUGGUGGACGGGCAAGUUGAAUGGCAAGAGUGGGCAGUUUCCAGGGAAUUACGUGCAACUAGGCGGCUGAGUGCGCACCGAGCGGGGACGUGGAUCUUGUUGCUGGUUGUCGUGGCCUUUCGUCAUGCCAUCGCCAGCCCUGUAAUAUGUUUUGCGUGGAGUGGGCUGCCUGCCAUUCAUAACGGUUUGUUCUUCUCAUGUCUUUUGUUUGUGUAUUAGCCCAAGUCGUUUCUGGGAUAGGAGGGUUCAUAAAGGCGUUCGUUAAAUACCUCGGGAGAUUCGUGCUAAAGGCGCUAGACGAGGAGCAGCCCGGUCGAGAGUGAAGAGGGAGGCAAGAUAGAGAGGCUAUUGUUCUGAUCAUACGAUAACUACCUAGAAGCCCAGCAGAAAUGAAUGUAUCACUUUAGCCUUCUCCUUGUAGAAUGCAAGAACAAGCAGCUUGCAACCGCA